AUGGUAUCGAGCAGUCGCGCUGGGCCUUUUUUUUUUCCUUUGGCGGCCCGAUCGCGUCGAACCGCCCGCGAUUUUUUUGGCGCGCCACCUACGCGGCCUCGUCGCGCCGCCCCUAGACGGCCGCGCCGCGUCGCGCGUGCCGCCCUCCAGUCGCGCGCCGCCCCCUCUGACCCUCGCGACGCCGGCGCCGUCUCUGACGGCCCCGCGAUCGCCUGCGACGGCCCCGCCGUCCCCUCUACCGGCCCCUCCACUGCACUUGACGGCCCCGCCGUCCCCUCUGCCGGCCCCGCCGCUGCACUUGACGGCCCCGCCGUCCCCUCUGACGGCCUCGCUGUCCCCUCUGCCGGCCCCGCUGCUGCUUCAGACGGCCCCGCCGCUGCACCUGACGGCCCCGCCGUCCCCUCUGACGGCCCCGCCGCUGCACCUAACGGCCCCGCCGUCCCCUCUGACGGCCCCGCCAUUGCACCUACCGGCCCCGCCGCUACCCCUGACGGCCCCGCUGCUGCACCUGCCGGCCCCGCCGCCUCAUCUGCAGGCCCCGCCGUCUCACCUGCCGGCCCCGCUGCUGUACCUGACAGCCCCGCCGCUUCACCUACCGGCCCCGCCACUACCCCUAACGGCCCCGCAGCUGCAUCUCCCGGCCUCGCCGCCCCAGCAACUGCACCGCCCCAGCAGCCGAGCCGCCCCAGCAGCCGAGCCGCCCCAGCAACCGAGCCGCCCCAGCAGCCGAGCCGCCCCAGCAGCCGAGCCGCCCCAGCAGCCGAGCCGCCCGAGCCGCCCGAGCCGCCAAGCCGCCCGAGCCGCCCAGCAGCCGAGUCGCCGAGCCGCCCGAGCCGCCCGAGCCGCCCGAGCCGCCCGAGCCGUCUGCACUGCCCUGUCUGUGUCCUCACCUUCGACGCUGAGGGCAGAGCCAUAGACUUUGACGUGUGGGUAGACGACCUGCUGCUUUUCCUACACUGCGACAGAGCUGACGGCCUCUCUCUCUUUGAUCUCACUUCUGGUGCCUCUCCCGCCCCUGCUGCUACUGAGGAUGCCACUGUUCGCUCAGUGUGGGCCACACGCGAUGCUGCUGCACGUCUUGCUGUGCGUCGCCACCUCCCUCCCUCUGAGCGUGCACACUUUGGGUCGUACAAGAGUGCUCAGACCUUGUACGACGCCGUUAUUGCACGCUACUCCACCCCUGCCACUGCUGCACUGAGCCGCCUCAUGCUACCGUACCUCUUUCCCGACCUUGCUUCCUUUGCCACAGUCGCCGACCUCAUUACCCACCUGCGCACUAGUGACGCUCGCUUCCGCGCUGCGCUUCCUGCUGAGUUCUGCGCCAAGAACCCCCCCCCCCAGUACUUCUCUCUCUACUACAUUGUCGCCCGCCUCCCUGACUCCCUUCGCGGAGUCAGGGACAACUUACUCUCAGUCUGCCCCACCACUCUCACUGUUGACCUCCUCGAGAAGUCCCUCCUAGCAGCCGAGAAGAGCAUUCUCGCUGUAGGGGCCUCUCGUGGUGACCCGCGCACCCCCAUCUUUGAGGGGUGUUCCCCCUCCCCCCUCCUGCCCUCUGUCGCCUCUGCUGCUACGGCCGACCUAGUUGGUUUUGAGUCGGUCGGCGCGGCGUCUGCCCCCAGUGGGAGACGUCGCUCUGGUAAGGGCAAGGGGGGCAGGAGCGGUGGUGGCGGCGGCGGGGGCGGUGGAGGCGGCGGUGGAGGCAGCGGAGGAGGUGGGGGUGGUAGCGGGAGUGGUGGCCGGAGUGGAGGUGUCAGCGGCGGCAGUGGAGGCGGGGGUGGCAGCGGCGGUGGUGGUGGGAGUGGAGGUGGAGGCGGCGGUGGCGGCAGCGACGGUGGGAGUGGCGGUGGCAGCGGAGGUGGUGGCGGCGGCGGCGGAGGAGGCGGCGGAGGAGGUCGUGGCUCGUCGCAGAGGAGUGGCUCCGGUGGGGGUCAGCGCCAGCAGCAGCGGCAGCAGCGUGGUCAGGAGACCCUCUCCCCACAGCAGCUCCGUGAGUGGUACACUGCACGUCAGAGGGGUGGGGGUACUGGUCCGUGCACCUACGUCUUGCGCACUGGCGACCGUGCGGGUGAGCCGUGUGGUGGUCAACACUCCGCCCAGCGCUGCUUCGGCCGCCUGACUGACGCUUGGCGCCGCCAGUUUCCUGACGCCUCUGAGAUCCCUCGCUGGGACCAGCUGUCUAGGGCAGGAGUAGCUAUCUUUGAUCUUGAAUUUGAUGCUAUUCUUGCUGCCAUGUAUGCUGUGACUAUUAGUGAGGAGGGUGACUGUUACCGGUGUUUCCCGCCCGACCCAGGCAUUGGUACUGCGGCUCUAGGUGCUGUUGAGGCUGCUGCUCCAGGUGCUGGUGAGGCUGUCGCUCUAGGUGCCAGUGAGUCUGUAUCCUCAGGUGCUGGUGAGUCUGCUCUCUCAGGUACUGCGUCGGCUCCGCCCUCUCUCACCUUCACUCUUGACUCAGGGGCGUCUCGCUCCUUCUUUCGAGACCGCACCACACUCACACCGCUUAGUCGGCCAGUGGCGGUCUCCCUGGCGGACCCCUCUGGGGGUCCUGUUCUGGCUCGCUACUCCACUGUCCUGCCGUGCCCUGCGGUCCCGUCUGGCGCCCUGUCCGGUCUCUACCUCCCCUCGUUCUCUACGAACUUGGUGGCGGGUGCUGACCUACAGGAUGCAGGGGUCGACCAGUUCACCCCUGCACGCCGACGGGACACCCACUGCACGGACGCGGACACGGGUCGACACUUGACCACGUUCACACGUGGGCCGGGGUCGAGCCUGUACACACUCACUGUUCCGUCUCCUCCUCCUGCGUCUGGUCAGGUAGCUGCGUCGGGUCAGGUGUUUGCUGCAGCGUCCAGGUCUGGUCCUGAGUCUGCCCCCUGCUCGUGUCGCCUCCUGUCCCACGAGACCCUCCUGUGGCACCACAGGAUGGGUCACCCCUCCCUGCCUCGUCUCCGGGGCAUGGCCUCUCGCCUUCUUGUCUCUGGCCUUCCCCGGUCCCUCCCUCCCCUUCCUCCGGGGCCUGGCCCUCCCUGUGUCCCCUGUGUCGAGGGUCGCCUGCGGGCUACCCCUCACUCUUCCCCGUUUCCUCCGACGGAGGCCCCGAUGCAGACGCUUCACAUGGACGUGUGGGGCCCAGCCCUUGUCCGUGGACAGGGUCACGAGCGCUACUUCCUGCUGGUGGUUGACGACUACUCGCGUUACACCACAGUCUUCCCCUUGCGCAGCAAGGGUGAGGUCACUGAGGUGUUGAUCGACUGGAUCCGCGCAGCUCGUCUCCAGCUCAGGCGGAGCUUAAGCUCGGACUUUCCUGUUUUGCGUCUGCACUCGGACAGAGGCGGAGAGUUCUCCUCCGGCCUUCUGCGAGCCUACUGUCGGGCACGAGGCAUCCGCCAGACCUUCACGCUUCCGGACUCUCCACAGCAGAAUGGGAUUGCUGAGCGCCGCAUCGGCAUUGUCAUGGACGUCGCCCGUACGUCCAUGGUGCAUGCGGCUGCCCCCCAUUUUCUGUGGCCGUUUGCGGUUCGGUACGCCGCGCAUCAGAUCAACCUUCAGCCCAGGGUCUCCAGACCGGAGACCUCCCCAGCUUUGCUGUGGACAGGGAAGGUUAGCGAUGCGUCGGCGUUCCGUGUCUGGGGAUCUCGGGCGUUUGUCCGCGACUUGUCUGCGGACAAGCUGUCCCCUCGUGCUGCUCCUUGCGUGUUCCUGGGUUUCCCCCCUGACGCACCUGGGUGGCAGUUUUACCACCCCACCUCUCGUCGUGUUCUGUCCUCCCAGGACGUCACGUUCGACGAGCCGGUUCCCUUCUACCGGCUCUUCCCCUACCGCACUCCGUCCCUUCCCCCCCCGCCCCUCUUCCUGGUAGACGCGGUCGAACCUGUCGAGGUCACUGGUGACUCUGGUGCUGCUGCGGGUGCGGAGCCUCGGAGUGCUGAGACUGGGGGUGCUGAGACUGGGGGCGCUGAGCCUGGGGGUGCUGAGACUGGGGGUGCUGAGCCUGGGGGUGCUGAGCCUGGGGGUACUGAGCCUGGGGGUGCUGAGACUGGGGGUGCUGAGCCUGGGGGUGCUGAGCCUGAGGGUACUGAGCCUGGGGGUGCUGAGCCUGGGGGUGCUGUGCCUGGGGGUGAUGAGCCUGGGGGUACUGCGUCUGGGAGUGCUGCGCCUGCUGCUUCUGUUCCUGGUGGUUCUCCAGACCGUUCCUCACGCCGCGAGCCGCUCUCUCCUCUGGAGCUGCGUGAGUGGUUUGCCCGGCGCUGGAGGCGAGCUGCUGGAGCUGGGGGUACUGCGGGUGCUGGAGGUUCCGUUGCUUCCGAGGGAGCUGGUACCACGGGUCCCGGAGGUGCUCGUACUGAGGGUACUGGAGCUGCCGGGCCCGGAGGUGCCUCUGGAGCUGGAGCUGCUGCGGGUGCUGGCGCUGAGGCUACGACUGUCGGUCCUACUGCGGGUACUUCUGCAGCUGCUGGUGGUGCUGGAGUUGGAGCUGCUACUGGUGCUGGUGCUGCCUCUGGAGGUGUUGGUGCUGUCCCUGCUGUCUCUGGCGGUGCUGCGCGGCCUCGGCCGUACUUCGUUCCGCUCCUUCAGCAGGUUCUUGGUCUCCCGCCUUCCACUAGUCCUUCUCCUCCCGUAGAGUGUCCGCAGCCCGUCCCGUCACAGUCACAGUUACAGCCCGCCUCUCCCCUGCCUUCUCCUUCUCCCUACGCUGGUCCUACUGGAGGUCUUGCUGAGCGUCGUGAGCCUGCGUCCCGCCCUGCGUCGCCAGUCCGAGCUGCUCGCCCUAGUGGUCGCGGUUCGCGUCAGCGUCCUCCUCUUGUCCCUGGCACGCACCAGAUGUCUCUAAGUCCGUCCACUGCUCCUCUGCGUGCCCCUUUGCCUUCUCCUCCUCAGUCUUCUCUUCCUACACUUGCCGACCCGGAGUCGGACUCUCACCGUGCUGCCAGUUCUACUGUCACGCGUCUUCUUGCUUCUCUUGUCACUGACCCUUCCUUUGAGUCCGCUGCUGCGUCUGCCCUAGUUGCUGAGCUGGUCGACUUUGCUGCUGCGUGUCGUCUGGACUACGCUGCCAGUCUUGUUGCUGAGUCUGCUGAGUCUGCGUCUGCUGCGUCUGCGUCUGCCUGUCCUCCGUCCGUCGGGGGUGACUGUGCUCUUGGCACGGACGUCCUUGAGGACAGGCAGGAGGAGUUCCAGUGCUUUGCCGCCGCUUUGCCCCAUCUCGUGUCCAUGCUUGUUGCCCCUGAGGGAGACCCGGAUGCUCUAGACAUCCCGACCCCACGCUCUUACGCAGAGGCGAUGGCCGGUCCCUACUCCUCUCAGUGGCAGUCAGCCAUGGACGCAGAGAUGGCUUCCUGGAAGUCCACAGGCACCUACGUUGACGCUGUUCCCCCUCCUGGGGCGAACAUUGUCAGUGGCAUGUGGAUCUUCAGGGUGAAGCGGCCGCCGGGUUCUCCGCCUGUCUUCAAGGCGCGCUACGUGGCUCGUGGCUUCAGUCAGCGACAGGGAGUUGACUUCUUUCAGACCUUCUCCCCGACCCCGAAGAUGACCACUCUUCGGGUUCUACUGCACGUCGCUGCUCAGCGUGACUACGAGCUACACUCUCUUGAAUUCAGCACUGCUUUCCUGCAGGGCCGCCUGCAAGAGGAGAUCUGGCUGCGCCGCCCUCCUGGCUUCACUGGGUCGUUCCCUCCUGGUACCCAGUGGAGCCUCCGGCGGCCAGUCUACGGUCUCCGCCAGGCGCCGCGUGAGUGGCACGACACACUGAGGACUACACUUGCGGCUCUUGGGUUUGCUCCUUCUACUGCUGACCCGUCGCUGUUUCUGCGCACCGACACCUCGCUGCCGCCUUUCUACAUCCUCGUGUACGUCGACGACUUGGUCUUUGCCACUGCGGACACUGCCGCACUCGCCCACGUGAAGUCCGAGCUGCAGAAGAGACACACGUGCACAGACCUGGGUGAACUGACAAGCUAUCUGGGCCUGCGGAUCACCCGGGACAGAGCACGCCGCACCAUUACCCUGACCCAGUCACACAUGGUGCAGCAGGUCCUUCAGCGCUUCGGCUUCACGUACUCCUCGCCUCAGUCCACUCCUCUGCCUACGGGACACUCGCUCUCAGCUCUGCCUUCGGAUGAGUCCGUAGAGUCGAGUGGUCCGUAUCCAGAGCUUGUGGGCUGCCUCAUGUACCUGAUGACUUGCACUCGACCUGACCUCGCAUACCCUCUCAGCAUCUUAGCACGCUAUGUUGCUCCCGGCCGUCACCGAAAGGAGCACAUGGAUGCAGCUAAGAGGGUGUUGCGCUACUUGUGCAGUACGUCGGGCAUGGGGCUAGUGCUUGGAGGGCGUGAGCGGCCUGUGCUCACUGGGCACUCAGACGCUUCUUGGGCUGACGACCAGGCUACUCAGAGGUCGUCUCAGGGUUACACCUUCAGUCUUGGCUCUGGCUCUGUCUCUUGGCGCUCUACUCGCUCUUCUUCGGUUCUCAGCUCCAGCUGUGAGGCUGAGAUCUACGCCACGGCCAUGGCUGCCCAGGAGCUUCCUGGCUCACCUACCUGCUGA